CCCAACCAUAACAAAAACGUCUGAGGUUGACACAAACACUGUUGAGUCUGCUGCUGAGUCUGUAAACUGUGGCUGUUCCAGAGUGUCUGUGAUGGAUAGCCAUGAGGAAGAUGGUGAGAUAAGAGACGAGGGACGCCACCACGCACCAAUUUCCAUCGAUGAUAACGAAGUAGAAGAAGAUGAGUUCAGUAUGUCCUCUUACGAUGGCGACCAAGGUGACAGUCUUGAUAUCAAGCCUCCCCAGGCUGUGGUGCAACGUCGAGAAAAACGUGAAAAACGUGAUAAACGAGACCGACAUAGACACAAGGCUGAGCGGCACAAAGACCGUCACCGUAAUCGAGAGCACAGGGGUCAUGAAGAGAGGCGGCGUGACCAUCGAAGACAUAGGGAAAGAAGUGAAGGAGAAAGGCGAGAGAAUCGAGAAGUUCGCGAGGCUCGCCGACACGAAAAACGACAUGAAAGGGGAAACAAACAUGAGAGGCCGGUUAUUGACCUACGUAGCAAGAUUGAAAAGAGAAAGAUGGUUGAUAGAGAUAUGACUUCUCAAUUUAAGCUUUUGUUUGCCAUUCUAGAUAAACAGAAGGAGUUGUCUCAGCGAGAGGCUGAAACAAGGAGACAGAGACGGGAAGAGGAGAGACGUGAGGAAGAGAGGCGGGAAGAGCACCAAGUGGGACGCCAUCGCGGGGAAGUGUCAGCACAUAAACAUAGCCGAACUCAUUCUCCUAGUGAAGCACCAAUACAGAAGAAGAGGAAACAUCACCAUGAUUCUUAUCCUUCAAUAGAGGGUGCAGAAGAGGUGACAAUUGUUAGUGAUGAGGAUGAAGAAGAGGAGGAAGAGGAGGAGGAAGAGGAAGAAGAGGAGGAAGAGGAGGGUGAGUAUGAAGAAAUUCUAGAGCCUGUGGUUCGUAAAGGUUCCAAAGAAAAGAGAUCAGAUGAAGAAGGAAAGAAGAAGAAGAAAGAUGAUGGAAGAGGAAUAACUCAAGUGGAGUCUGGUGGCAGUGGUUCAUCUGAUAGUGAGUCUGAUUCAGAGAGGGCUCGGUCCCCCACGCCUCCUCAGAGGAGUCAGUACCAUAGUGACAGCACAAGCAGUGAGACGGAUAUAGAGGAGGAAGAAGGGAAGGGUGAAGAUGGCACUAAGAAGAAGGAUUCAGGUGACCAAAUGUCUGUGUCGGGCAGUGGCUCUGGCUCAGCAAGAUCGGGUACUCUGUCACCUACCCAAGCAGGGCGCUACCAAGACUCACCCACAGUGGAGGACCGACGAUCAGACCGUGAGGAGGCCAAUUACUUGCCAGACUCAUCGCCUGAAUCUCCAGUUGAACUCAAGGAAGAUUUACCUGCCUACUAUCCUGCCAUCAUGGGUUGCCGCUCAGUUGAUGAGUUCGAGUGUCUCAAUAGAAUUGAGGAGGGAACUUAUGGUGUGGUGUAUAGAGCCAGGGAGAAGGCAACUAAUACAAUAGUUGCCUUGAAGAGACUCAAGAUGGAGAAGGAGAAGGAAGGCUUCCCCAUCACCUCAUUGAGAGAAGUCAACACACUGCUGAAGGGACAACACGAAAAUAUAGUAACUGUCCGAGAAAUUGUAGUUGGAAGUAACAUGGACAAAAUCUAUAUAGUUAUGGAUUAUGUAGAGCAUGAUCUCAAGAGCCUCAUGGAGACUAUGCGACAAAAGAAGCAGAUGUUUACCAUCGGUGAAGUGAAGACUCUAAUGAGACAACUACUGAGAGCUGUACAUCACCUCCAUGACAACUGGAUACUUCACAGAGAUCUGAAAACUUCUAAUUUGCUCCUCUCUCAUAGAGGAAUUUUAAAGGUGGGAGACUUCGGCUUGGCCAGAGAGUAUGGUUCACCCCUCAAGCAUUACACUCCUAUUGUAGUGACCCUUUGGUACCGUGCCCCUGAGCUGCUCCUUGGGGCUAAACAGUACUCAACACACAUCGAUGUUUGGUCUGUUGGAUGCAUCUUUGGUGAGCUGCUGGGAAUGGAGCCCAUGUUUCCAGGAAAGUCGGAAAUUGAUCAGCUUAAUAAGAUAUUUAAGGAUCUUGGAACACCUGGUGAAAAGAUCUGGCCUGGGUACAACCAGUUACCCCUUGUAAAAAAGACACAAUUUGCUGAUUACCCAUACAACCAUCUACGUGAGAGGUUCAAGACAAGGCUGUCUGAUCAAGGAUUUAGCCUUCUUAACAGGUUUUUAACUUACAAUCCUCCAAAACGCAUCACAUGCCAAGAAGCAGUACAUCAUGAUUAUUUUCACAAAGAAGCGCCAGCACCUGUGGAUCCAGCUAUGUUCCCUACAUGGCCAGCUAAGUCUGAAAAUCCUCAUGGUCGUUCAAAGAAAAUUGGCCUCAGUCCCAAGCCCCCAUCUGGUGGCAAGAACUUCAAAGAUCUGGCUGAUGUGGAUGAUGAGUUGGCUGCCCGAGGAUUCUUUUUAGGUGGAGCCAGUUCGUGUGGACCCGGCUUUGUACUAAAGAUGUGAUGAGUAAUUUUCUAAUAAGUUGUGUUACUAGAUUAACCUGAAUUUAUAUUCAAAUAAAAUUAAAAAAAUUACUUCUACAUAUUAAGCCUGAUCAGUAAGUUGGCUUUAUCUCCAAGAGUUGGGAAAGAAUUUUGUAAAAAUAAUGAAACUGGUUUUACAUUUAAAAUGAAUCAAACCUUUUAUAUUUUAAAAGAGAGAUGUAGUUUUUUGUGGAGAUUGUGUAUGUGUGUGUAUGUGUGUGUGUGUGUGUGUGUGUGUGUGUGUGUGUGUGUGUGUGUGUGUGUGUGUGUGUGUGUGUGUGUGUGUGUGUGUGUCAGUACAUUUAUCCUGCCAUUUUUAUCUUCAUUAAGGUAAAAUAAUGACUUGUUGAAAAGGAGCAUUUAUUGAACAAUGUCUCAUGUGAGUACCUAGAUGCUAGUAAAGAGCUCGUUCUAAUUAAUUGGAACUACCCUCCUGACCCUUUGAUUAAACACAAUUACUUCACACUUCCCAGAUACUGUAUGACCCCUACUUGUUUAGUGCUUCCCCAUCUGUAAACUGAUACUAUUGAAGAAUGGCUCUCAUUAGAGUGUAAGCUUACACUUGAGCAUAGUUUGUCUCCUGUGACAUUAACGUUGCAGAGUUGAACAGCUUGUUUCACUUUGUUAAAAACAAAAAAAAUUCUGCCUGAAAGUAGAGGUUCAUACUUGAAAUAACAUGAGAAGAUUGACAGUCUUGAGGACUGUGCAAGGAUAUGUUGUAAUGAGGGUGAUCUGCUUUGGUAUAGAAUUAGCAUUGAACUGAGGCAUAACUCAUGUUCGUAUGUUAAAUCAUCUUAUUUGUUAGUACUGAGUGUGAAUCAUAGGUAAACUAAUUCAUUAGUACUGAUUCUUGGCUCAUUAUUUGUUGAAGGACACCCCUGCUCCAGUGCCACUUAGUCUGUUCAGGAUUUAAACUAAAACCUUUGUCUUGAAUAGGUAAAAUUGUUGUGGUUGAUGUAUUGAAUAGUAAGCAGUAGAAAUGAAAGUGCAUUUAAUUUUCUUAAACUUGUAAAUUAGUUUUGAAAAUGUAUAAUUGUUGCAAAGUUAGGUGACAUUUUUUUCAUACAUUUUGAAAAGCCCCUUGUUAUACAAAGCAAAACUUUGAUAUAUUUUAUUCUUUUGUAAAUUUGUAAAGUCUCAAACACUUAGAAAUAUAGUUAAGUUAGCAAAGCAAGCUUAUUCCAUAUAAAAAAGAAGUUAUCAUAUUUAGGAACUAAAUGAGUAAUGAAAAAAUGAGAGGAAAAUCAAUUCUUUCUUUCUUUCAACAAACUGGCCAUAUCCCACCAAGCAGGGUGGCCCGAAAAGAAAAACAAAAGUUUCUCUUUUUAACUAGUAAUGUAUACAGAAGGGGUUACUAGCCACAUGCUCCCGGCAUUUUGGUCGCCUCUUACGACACGCAUGGCUUAUGGAGGAAGAAUUCUGUUCCACUUUCCCCGUGGAGAUAAGAGGAUAUAAACAAGAACAAGAACUAGUAAGAAAAUAAAGGAAAACCCAGAGGGGUGUGUAUAUAUAUGCUUGUACAUGCAUGUGUAGUGUGACCUAAGUGUAAGAAGCAGUAGCAAGACGUACCUGAAAUCUUGCAUGUUUCUUUCUUUCAACACACCAGCCGUAUCCCACUGAGGCAGGGUGGCCCAAAAGGAAAAAUGAAAGUUUCUCCUUUUAAAUUUAGUAAUAUAUACAGGAGAAGGGGUUACUAGCCCCUUGCUCCUGGCAUUUUAGCUGCCUCUUACGACACGCAUGGCUUAUGGAGGAAAAAUUCUGCUCCACUUCCCCAUGGAGAUAAGAGGAAAUAAACAAGAAUAAGAACUAGAAAGAAAAUAGAAGAAAACCCAGAGGGGUGUGUAUAUAUAUGCUUGUACAUGUAUGUGUAGUGUGACCUAAGUGUAAGUAGAAGUAGCAAGACAUACCUGAAAUCUUGCAUGUUCAUGAGACAGAAUAAAGGACACCAGCAAUCCUACCAUGUAAAACAAUUACAGGCUUUCAUUUUACACUCACUUGGCAGAACGGUAGUACCUCCCUGGGUGGUUGCUGUCUACCAGCCUACUACCUACAGGAAUAUCAAUUAGUUUAUUGAUAAAAAAAAAUUUGGAAACAAGACAUAAAUUGAUUAAUAUAAACAAAGUAUUAAAAAAGUGUGUUGAAUUCAGGUCCUACAUUGAUCUACAGAACUGUGUAUUAAUUUCUCCAGCAAUCAUGUUAGUUACCAAUUUUAUGUUGGUUGUAAAGCCAUUACAAUAUUCUGAAAAUCUGUGAUUCACAGGUCACUAAAUUGAACUUAGAAGUUAUGCGCAUUUUGUAAUCACACAUUCUUUGUCUGGAUUUAAAAUGUCUAAAAAUUACAUGAGACAUUACCAGUGUCAAACAUCAAAGAUGACUUUUUGAUAUAUUUUUGUACAGUAUAUUAUUGGAAGCACAGUGAAACGUUGGUGUAAUGAGUAAUAGAUGGAGACAGGGGUGUCUACUACAAUGUAAAUCUGUUACAGUAAAGUACCCUGUGUAGACUAGAUCUGCUCAUAAGCAGAUUCCUCAUGCAGCAGACCUAGUCCACUGCAUGGAUGACUCUAUCAGACACUUAAAAAUAAACUGUAUUACAGUACAGCACAGUAAAUUACCUAAGGGUUAAAAGUAGAGUACAGUAGAGCAUAGUAAUUUUUCUUCUUGUGGUGAAUAGACAAACUUAAUGCCAGAAUAACUUUUAUUUUGAGUCAGAGGAGCUGUAUAAGCUACAGCUCAAAUGUUAAUAGAUUAACAAAAAAACAUAAAUCCAGGGAAAUUUGAACAUUAAAUGAUUGUAUGUGUGAGUACGUACAGACACUAACAAGCUGGAGCAGGCUGAGUCAUUGGCCUGGUUUGCCUAAGAACAAUGAAAACAGAAGGGGCUGCUAUGGCCCUUGUUGGACAAAAGUCCUAUGCCAUGUGAAUAAAUGCAUUGACAGAACAGACAUAGUCUGCUGUAUCAAUGACAGUACCUCCUCCUCCUGAGCUAUUGUCUUGCCAAAUUUUUUGUCUUUUUUUCUGAAUCCCAUUGCAUAGGGGUCUGCUCUACUGAAUAUUUUGCAUACUGUAUACAUAAAUGUAUAUUACUGUAUAUAUGAAAUUGACUGAUAUAGUGUAUGAAGUGCAAUUUGGUCCUGUUUUAUUGUAAAUUUGUCAUGUUUUAAAUCAAAGACCUUGUGUAUAUAUUUACAUUUUUUGAAUGAACCGGUUGGAUCCCACCAAGGUGCGGUGGCCCAAAAAAGAAACACUUUCACCAUCAUUGGUGGGAGAUGGCUGGCUUGUAAAAAAAAAAAAAAUAGAAAUAAUUUGCUUAAAAUAUGUAUUCUGAAGAAAUUACAUAUUAAGCACCGUGCUUUAAGUAAUAUGUGAAAGGAAUGGUCAGCAUUUUCCUUGAAUUUAAUGUUAUGUAGUUCUUUACAUGAUAGACAUGUAAUAGAUUAAGGUAAGAGUGAAGGAUGGUGAUAUAUGCUCAAGAUUGUUUGUACCAGUUCUUCAGUAUUCUAGCAAAGUGUGAACCUUUGAAACAAGUUUCAGAAAUGUAUAAUCUUCGUGUUGUAAGGUACAACAUAACUAGUUCCUUAAUUAAAUUGUGUAUGCUA